AUGGCGAGCCCACGAACAACCAUUAUUCUUUCCAUCCCAUUUAUGGUGAUUGGGUUUCUGCUGACCCGCGCGCCCUACCUGAUGACGUCCGUACCGCCCUCCAGGCCCUGGGCCGACGGGCCGAUGAAGCUCGUUACGACUCCGCAGUUUCUAACCAAGAAGACCGAUAUCUUCACCUCGGGAGCGACGCACAUGGCGUUGCUGCACAACUCCAUCCUGCGCGGGUACAACUCCAUCUACCACCAAGCGCCGCUCGUCGCCGACGAAGACAAGGCCGACUUUGUUGGUUACUCGCUUGCCUGGUACCGCUUCGUCAAGUCCCACCACGAUGACGAGGAGGACACGCUGUUCACCAAGAUCGAGGACCUGCUGAAGGACAAGGCCGUGUUUGAGGAAACGCACAAGGAGCAUGACGCGUUUCUCGCCGGCCUUGCCGACUUUGAGAAGUAUCUUGCUGGGCUCAAGACUCCGGCCGACUUCUCCAGCGACGAGCUGCUGCGCAUCAUGGGGACGUUCCAGCAGCCCUUCGAGAGCCACUUCCACAGCGAGAUCGGCACCAUCGCCAAGCUCUCGGAGCACCCCAACGCGCCCAAGGAGGGCACGCCCGAGAACGCUGCGGCGGCCGCGACCUUCAAGGCGUGGGGCAAGGCAACGGUCACCAAGGCGGGCGUCACCGACGUGGUUCCCUUCUUCCUGCUCAACCUCGACCGCACCGCCGAGGACGGCCUGUGGGCCAACUGGCCGCCGAUGCCAGCCCCUAUCAGGUGGGUGCUGAUCAACAUCGCCGGCGCGCUGCACUCUGGCUGGUGGAAGUUUACUUCUUGUGACGCUGCCGGCCAGCCCAAGGAGCUGUGGGCGUUCCGGGUCGCCGACAUCAAGGCGCAGCGGGAGGAAGCGGCGAAAGCUUGA